UCCAUUAGAACAGCAGAGGAGGAAGCAGCGGAGGAGCAGAGGAAGAGGAAGAGGAAGAGGGUUGUGCCAGCUGGACUUUUAUUUUAAUGAAUCUCCAGUUAGCAGCAGAGUGUCUCCGUCCUGAACGCACCACCACAGCACCGAUAUCCUCCUCCUUUGUUUCCUCACCUGGGUUUGGAGUGUGUUUACCUUCCCUGAUCCUCCCUCGCGGGUCACUGCAGGUGAUGGACUCGGACAGCGGGGAGAUGUUCCUGUUGGGCGAGGAGGCCGACAGCUGGCACACAGCUUUCUCCCAGAAGCCCCUGCAGGACUGGGCGGGGGACCCCGACUGUGUUCUGAACCAGAGCGAGUCGGAGGACGUCCUCCACGCCGUCGACCCCAACGAGGUGUUUCCCAGCGGGCCGCUCGCCGCCUCCUCGUCCGAGAGCGACAGCGGCAUCUCGGAGGACCCGGCGCCGGGGAGGCCCGUCAGCACAGCCCCCCCCACCGUUUACCAGCUGGUGUACGAGGUCAACAGCCUGCAGACCAACCCCGGGACCGAUAACGUCAUCUCCAUCGAGCUGGGUGAGUGGAGCUCGCAGGUGUUGUUUUCAGACUCGUGCAUCGUGAACGAGUUGCCCGUGGUCGCUGCCGCCCGCCUCGACGGCAGCGGGGGCGCUGACCCGCUUUACCCGGAGCUGCAGCUGACAGAGGAGGAGCAGAAGCUGCUGAUUCAGGAAGGAGUGUCUCUGCCCAACAGCCUUCCUCUCACCAAGGCUGAGGAGAGGGUCCUGAAGAGAGUCCGGAGAAAGAUCCGGAACAAGCAGUCGGCUCAGGACAGCCGGCGCAGGAGGAAGGAUUACAUCGACGGGCUGGAGAGCAGGGCCGUAGCGUGCUCGGUGCAGAACAAGGAGCUGCAGCGCACCGUGGAUCAGCUGGAGAAACGCAACAUGUCUCUGCUGGCCCAUCUGCAGCAGCUCCAGUCCCUCAUCAAACACACCGUGAGCCGGGGAGCCCAGACCAGCACCUGCCUACUGAUCAUCCUGGUGUCUCUGGGUCUGAUCAUCCUGCCGAGUUUCAGUCCGUUCAGCCGCAACCCGUCUGCAGACGACGACUACAGACCGACAGGAGUUAUUUCCAGAAACAUCCUGACGGAGCACCCAGCGGACGGUCCGGCUGUGCAGUCCGACCCCCCGUCAGCGCCCUCUGAACCCGGGGAGCCGGCAGCACCUCCGGAUGGCCCCGCCCUCCUCCAACAGCCAAUAGAAAGCCUCGGAAAUCCAGGCUCCGAUGUGGCGGCUGCAGAGGGGAACAGCUCGGGGGCCGGCGUGAGGACGCCCGCGAUCCCAGAUCCUGCAAAACCUGCUCACGCUGACGAGAUGUAGACCGGAGGCUCCAAGCACCACAACCGGACUUUUCAGGAGGAGAAUCCACCAGUGGACGGGGUCGUGGUUCGAUCCCCAACCCCUGCAGCCAACCGAGCCCCCAGGAGGAGCCCCCAGGAGGAGCCCCCAGGAGGAGCGCCUUGAGAGGGCGAUUAAGAACAUGUUCUUAGUGGACAAACGGCGGUACCCUAGCUCACGUGACGUCAUUUUAAUCCAAAAAGACUUUUUCCCUUUGACCUACAUUUGGAAAGAGACGUCUGGAAAUCAGCGGCUCCUUUUUUACUAAAUCAACUUCAAAACACAAACUCUUUUAUAUCCAGUCUUUAAUUCUUAGUCUGCCGGCAGCAGAGUGACCCCGGGCUGCUAACCUGCAUAUGUUGGGCAAUUUGCACACUUAGCAUAAGCAGCUUAAUUAGCAUUAAAUUGGUUUUGGGGUAAUUGCUGCUGUAGCAAAUAACAGAUUCCCCCUCUGUGAGACGAAUGAAGGGAUUCUGAUUCUGAUAUUGAGGAUGCUGAAUCCAUUUCUGACAUUUUCAGGAUCAUAAAUGGUAGAAAGAGGUCAUAUCUGUCCUCUCUGUGGGCUGAUUCUGACUACCAUGAGUCGUGUUGAGACCAAUGGACACAGAGAGCACAACAGGAACAUUAUUGUCUCCACUGGGGACAAUUCCUCUGUCCAAUCCAGAUGAUCCGGAGUCCCCUGAGAUUCCUCAGACUCAGCCCACAGAGAGAAUCUUUGCAAUAUAUGUCUUUUGAUCCGAUCGCAGCGGCCGUUGAUGUUGAACGCAGGUCUUUUGGAGACGUAAUUGAAUGGAUUUAUUUGUAUGUUUUUAUCCAGAGGAGGUUUAAGGAUGUGUUGGGUCUUAUUCUGAAUGUUUGAGUGAAAUGUUCCUUUAUUUUCCUUCUGAAUGUUGCUAAUAAAUUAAUGUAUAAAAAUC